AAUAUAACAAAAUAUUCCUGUAUUUCUUUUGUUUAUUUGUGUCGUUUAAUUCUACACCCCAUUGCUGCACAGUAUGAUGGUAUUUUUGUAUAAUAUCUUAGUUGACGUUGAAAAUUCAAGUCAGUAAGCUUGGCAAUGAACUUGAAAAUUUGCCCUCUCCAAGAUGGCGGCGGAGAGUUGACGUGUUUGACGUAGCACAGUGACGCGGAAGUGGAGGAGUAAGGAAGUAACGGCAAACUAUUUGACAACAUUAAAAAUGGGGAAGAAACCACAGCUGGUGUCCCAAUACUGACUUUGUGUGCACUCUUGUUCGGUGUGAAAGACUAAUGGACCUUCCAGAAGAAAUCCUUGCUCAUAUUUUCUCUUUCCUACCUCUGAAGGACAAAUGCAAUGCGUUCCUGGUGUGUAAAACAUGGUCCAACAGCUUAAGCUCUUCAAGUGCAUGGACACACACUGAGAUCAGGUGUGAUUCUGGAGACUGUGUUCCUCAGAGGUUCUCUGAUCUUCUACCAUGUAUCAGACAUUUAAAGCUGAUUGUCAGCGUGGCAGAACCUGCUCACCGGCAAGCUGGACUGUGGGUUCUGCAGCAGGUUCUAGCCAGGGGUGAUGGCCGACUGCGCAGGUUAUGCGUCAGCUGUUUGGGGAACCCACCUCUGUUUUACGCAGGACAGGACCUGCUGCAGGGAUUGGUGGACGUCUUGACCGGCAGCUCGUCCCUCACGGCGCUGGACCUGAGGGGUGUGCCGUUCACCCUGAGCGACAGCUUUAUCAAGAGCGUAGCUGCCCUCUGCCCCGCCCUGCGAAGCCUCUUCAUCAAUAACAGUUCUCUGGUGUGCGGAGUCGUCUCUGAGACCAUCAGGGACGUCCUGAAACACUGUCCGUCUCUGAACACAGUCGGUCUCUUCCAAGCCAGUGUGUCUCAUGAUGUCCUCCGAGACAUCCUCGAACCCCAGAGAACAGAACUGAAGCUGCUGGAGCUGCGCUGUGAGCGCUCGCUGAAGUACGUCACACCUCUUUGCGAUCAAGUCUGGGCAGACGUGAGACGCAGGCAUCCCGGACUGAGGGUGGACCUGGAGCUGGACCACACACUUCCGGAGCUGCAGGUUCCCGGCGUGCUUCAGCCCAGCAUCCCUGUGAGACAGCUCCGCCUCCACACGUGGACCUGUCUGUUGGAUGAGUUACGUGUCGUGGCUCAGAGUUACGCAGAAACGCUGGAGGUGCUGGAACUGCAGACCACCGCGUCCCCCGAGCUCAACACAGUGCUGGUCUCCUUGGCAACGCAGUGCAGGAAGCUCCGCGAGGUUCACUGUUACUGUGUGGUUUCACAGAACGUGAUCGAAGCUUUCUGCUCGCUGUGUCCUGACCUCCACAGAUACACACUCAAAACACGCAAAGAGCUACACCCCUGGACCUACACCACUCUUAGAUAACACACACACACACA